AUGACCUCAACGCAGGCGCCCGCUCAAUUAGAGCAUGUUCUCCAACAACUCGUCAACAAUCUAGCCGACUUGCACAAGGUCUUGUCUGACCAGCAGAAGCCUUGCCACACUGAGAAUGAGCAAGUGACUGCCCUAGAUGCUCCGGAGCCUGGAAACGAGGCGGAAGGAUUAACAACAACACCACCGCUCGAGACUGCAACAGCGUUUUGUGCAGCAUCGCCAACCGAUCCAAACCGCUCUGACGAGGACGCUCCUGUGGGGGACUUGACGGGCGCAAGAUCAGAUGUUGCCGAGGAUGCUGUAGUGUCUGAACCGCCGCAGGCCGAUGCUUUCGUCCGCUUGCCAAGAAAUCUUGAUGAGUGGAUCGUCAGUCCUCUUCCCAACGGCAUCCGCCUGAAGGUGUUCCAAGCUAGUGGUACAAAAUGGCUCCAGGACCAUCCUUUAUUUGGUUUGAUGACAUUGAAACUAGACUUGAAGAAAGCCGGCGCUUCAAGGUCCAUUCUUGAGGAAUACACAGAAGACCCCAUCCACAUGGGCUUCUGGACACAGUACCUUGAGUCAGUAUACGCAAACUACACGUACUACGUCAGAACCAAGUUUCAGUUGGUCGAUAUUCCAGCCCUUGAAGGGUUAGAUGCGCGCGCACUCUACGUAUGUGGGACCAUCAAGUUCCGGGGGCGUGUGCUACUCCGUAAACCCAACUGGGAGACACUUGCCCUUGAGCCCAAUUGUUUGUUCAACACCCUCAUAGAUCGUGGUGAAACAUCUCUGGGAAAAGUCUGGGAGCUCGGUAGUAUUUUUGGGCCGCAACAUCUCGCAGACGCUUCUGACACCGAUUCCACUCAACAACAAUUUCGACAAACCGGACCAAUCGCAUCAGUUGCAGAUAUCAUAGGAGGGUUAGGGUAUACAGUGACAGACCACCUCUUUUUCCUCUUGAGGCGGCUCAAUUCUAUCCCGCUAGCAAAGUAUUCUACGUUGCAGCGCACACAAACCACGGUCAAGGAGAAGUGGAAAGAUCUUAUGUCGGACGGACGGAGAUCUACAGUCCUUGAAAGAAGAUCAACGGUGGUGACGACUUUGAAUGAGAUUUCACCGCACUCCAAAUACACCAUUGUCAUAUUAUCCGACGACAAAGUGGAACAGAAGUCUUCUUCGGAUGCACUUGACCGGCUGUUGAGCAGUUGCGAUGGCAUAGGAGAACCCGCAAGACCCUCUGGAAUCAGCCACCAUUUGCUCUUGGUGAAUACAACAAUGAGUACCUGGGAACAAUACUGGCACGAGAUUCUGGAUGUCAUCGAGGUUGAAACUUCCAUACAGAUGCACGAAAUCCAGGACACCCAACGAUUGGAUGAACUGAUGUUCGAUCGGUCAUUCAAGCUUUCCAAGAAAUACUUCUCACUGCUCCAGUUUCUCAAAAUUGCUUCUAAGUCCGUGGAAGAACCUGCGUCCAAUUUUGGAGCGAGUCACCGGCACUUUCUCGAAAUAGUGGCAUCUGCCGCUCAAAACAUACACGACGAAGAAUGGGACGGCGUGAAAGACAGGUGGAAUCAUGUCGCUACAUCAGUCGGUGAAGCGACGAGAAGGAUUCAGGACCGCAUCGAGCAUCUGAUAGAAGAAGUCAAGACCCAUCAAGAAAGUAUGUUCAACGCAACAUCGUUGCGAGAGACGAACAACGGCAUGGCACUGAAUAGAUCUGUUUACGUGCUCACUGCCGUUACGAUUUUGUAUGCUCCAGUCGGAUUCAUGGCGCAAGACACUAAAGUCGUUCUCAAGACGUUUUGGGCCCUUCCAUUUCUGAAUAGCCCCGCCGAAGAUGGGCAGACUAAGGUGCCCCAUGGAUUUCGGACAAGCUUCAUCACAGUCCCUCUCCUGACCUACUUCUUUUCUGUGUUUGUAUCCCUCUUCUUCGGAUCUUCGCGAUUCCGCAAGAUUACAAGCCAGGUUGCCCAAGGCUACUGGGCGUAUUACUCUGAAUUUUUUGGACCUCUCAAGUAUGGCCGAGACAUCCUCUUAAAGUACACGGAACCUUUUCGACUUGCGCUCGAGCUCGGACUCAAGACAUCACGAGGACGAGGGAAGCCGGAAACCGGACGCAGCUAG